AUGUGCAAUAGUUUUUUGGUUUCACAACAAAAGAAAGGUCCUUUCAAUGUAGGCGAAGCUGCUGGAAUAUUCACAAUAAACAAAUCGACUCAUUCAAACUACAACCAGAACUGGACAGGAUCUUCGCUCGAUACACACCAUGGGAAUCAGUCUGAACAGUUCUGUUUAUUAAAAACUGUCUCAGAGAGUAUACAAUUGACACCACCUACUUUCAACCUUCACAUUUUUAACAUUUUAGAUCCUUCACCUUACUACAACCUGCUAAAAGACAAUCCACAAAUCAAUCCUCAAUUGGACCCAAUUCUACAUCACAACUAUGAGACAGCAAAAACUCCUCCCACCUCGCCCAUAUUGGAUGUCAUGGACAAUUCCACAUUGGAACAAAUACCAAUUGAACUGGAAAACACCAUGGGAUGCCCAAGUCAAAACGAAACAAGUUCGGAAAAAUCGCUAAAUGUUUCAAAAACUCAAGAUUCUUUAAUGGAUGAAGCAAAUCUAUUGCAAACAGUUUCUCCGGCAGGUUUGACUUUACCCAACAUCAAUAUCCUACCCCUGCCUGGUUCUUCUGCUGCUCUUUUAAAUAGUACUUCGCAACCAGCACUACCAGCUUUUGAAUAUCUAACACCGGCAGCUCGAAAUCUAAGCCCUGUAGAUUUCCCCCUGAUGGAAUUGAAUCGUGUGGGUAGCAUGUUUCCUGCUUUUUUGCAUCGUCGACCUCGUGGUGAAAAGAGACCCAUUCCCGAGGAGCAGAAAGAUGAUAAAUACUAUGAGCGUAGAAAACGCAACAAUGAGGCAGCCAAGAAAUCUCGUGAUGCCCGAAAGAUACGAGAGGAUCGUAUAGCAUUUCGCGCUGCCUUUUUGGAACAGGAAAACUCUUUGUUGAGAGCCCAAGUUCUAGCUUUGCGCGAUGAACUGCAAACAAUGAGGCAGAUAUUAAGUCGUAAUAAUCACAAUCAGACAACUGUAAUGGGCAGAAGUGCUGGUUUGAUGUAGAUACAGCAUGAAAUACAUUGCAGAAGGC